AUGGCUUUCAUCAUCCAAACAGCCGUAAAAGGACUCGCCGCUGGCAUUGGUCUCGCAUCCGAAAGUAUCCACGCCCACAAAGCCAAGAAAGCUGGCAAAACCCCCCAAGCACCUGUCAGCGAUGCUGUUCACAAUCGUUCAUCUUCCUCCCGAAGUUUAGAUAUUUCCCGUCAAAGCUCUACAGAUGCCCAUAUCUCACUCAACGACGAUGACAAUGAUCAACAAAUAUGGGACUUGGAUGCCGCACAGGAUGAACUUGCACCACCAGAAUAUGAUGGCGGCGUCUCUCCACUCUCCACUCCCGAACGUUCUACCGGUACAUCCGACCUCACAGCACAAGAGAUCGAGAUAAGAACACCAAACCAAGACGAAGAAGCCACCCAAGGAAAAGAAAAACGUACCUUCUUCAUGAGCGUGAUCAUCUCUCGUUUCAUAACCCGGUACCCCACACCUCAAUAUCCACCAGACCACCGCAUCUCCAAUCGGCUCCCCCUUCCCGUCAUCCUCCCCCAACGUCGACCUAAGAACCGAUCCCGAGGAUUCAUCCGUGCUUAUGCACCUUUACUCGAACAUUGCGAUAUCUCCGAAUCCAUGUGGCUUGAUUUUUUGGGCACAUUCAAUGAAGCUACCCAAGCCUCUCCCUGGAUUCAAUGUAUCAACUUUGCUAGUUUUGGUGCCCAUGGUGUUGCUCCCGGUAUUGCUAUUGCUGUACAAAUUGCAAUUGUGGUCGCAGUCAAGGCAGCGAAUGAAGUUCAUUCACGUCAACGCACCAAUUCAUUUUUAGACGCAAUGAAUAAUCAAGUUUUUCGCCCUCGCGGCCUUUAUGCUUUAGUAUUGACGUGGAACCCGGAUGAUCCUAGCAAUACAAGUACUAUUGACUUAACAUCCACCAUUGCCAAAUCAUUUAACCCAGUCACUGGAAAAACGAAAACGAGGAAUAAAUUCCAUACUUCAUCCGGCAGCACGUAUGGAAAUUUCGAGUUCCCUGAAGCCGCACCUCUUGUAUUUCCAGUUCUCGAUGCGGCUUUGACUACAUCAGGAGCAGAGGGCGAAGAAAAGCUCAAAGAGAAAAUGAAAAGAAAAGGAGACUUUGUAUCAGAUUACAUGGAUCGAAGAGCACGAACACAAUAUGCAGCCCAGAAUAGCGAGAGCUUUUUAGCCAAUGGACCAAAAGAUAAAUUUACGAGUAGAUAUGCGGAUCCUACUCAUGCAGCUAGCAGUGGGAACCCAUGGAGUUUGAUUACGGGUGGGAAAUUUAAUCCUGCAAUGGGCUCUGCUAGGGGAGGAGGAUUCGGUGGUAGGGGUGGUGAUAUAGGUGGACUUGGAGCUUUGCUUGGAGGUGGACGUGCUGAAAGGCUUGGGAGACAAGAACCAGUAGAUGGCAGAAUGAAUCGUCAGCAGCAACAGCAUGAGGAAACAGGUAAUGGACAACAAAAUCAGCAACAGAUGUCUGAUCCGAGAAGGAUGAAUGGACUAGGAGGACUUGGAGGACUUGGAGGACUUGGAGGACUUGGAGGGUUUGGUGGCCCUGACAUGAUAACCAAAGGAGUCAAGAAGAUUCUUGGAUAUAAUGUCUUGUAUUUAAUGGUAGUCAACAUGCCAAGCGAUGAAGAAAUAGCAGCGGCUAGUGCGCAGAUUAGGAGUUGGGGUGCUUGA